AUGUGGCGGGGGCUGCCGGCGCUGGCCCUGGCCGCGCUGCUGCUGCUGGGGCGGGCGCCGGCGGGGCGGGCGGCGGCCUGCGAGCCGGUGCGCAUCCCGCUAUGCAAGCCGCUGCCCUGGAACAUGACCAAGAUGCCGAACCACCUGCACCACAGCACGCAGGCCAACGCCGUGCUGGCCAUGGAGCAGUUCGAGGGGCUGCUGGGCACCAACUGCAGCCCAGACCUGCUCUUCUUCCUGUGCGCCAUGUACGCGCCCAUCUGCACCAUCGACUUCCAGCACGAACCCAUCAAGCCCUGCAAGUCCGUCUGCGAGCGCGCCCGCGCCGGCUGCGAGCCCGUCCUCAUCCGCUACCGCCACGCGUGGCCCGAGAGCCUGGCCUGCGACGAGCUGCCGCUCUACGACCGCGGCGUCUGCAUCUCCCCCGAGGCCAUCGUCACCGCCGAGGGCGCCGAUUUCCCAAUGGAUUCCAAUAAUGGCAACUGUAGAGGCACCGGCAUUGAACGCUGCAAAUGCAAACCCAUAAAAGCUACCCAGAAGACCUAUCUACGCAACAAUUAUAACUACGUCAUUCGGGCAAAAGUGAAGGAGGUGAAGACUAAAUGUCAUGAUGUCACUGCAGUAGUGGAAGUAAAGGAGAUUCUCAAAUCUUCCCUGGUGAACAUCCCAAAGGACACUGUAAACCUUUACACAAACUCCGGCUGCCUCUGCCCACCGCUCAGUGCCAAUGAAGAGUACAUCAUUAUGGGCUACGAAGAUGAGGAGCGCUCCAGGUUACUCUUGGUGGAAGGCUCCAUAGCCGAGAAAUGGAAGGAUCGACUUGGUAAAAAAGUAAAGCGCUGGGAUCAAAAGCUCCGCCACCUGGGCAAGGCGAAAGGAGAGCCGGGACAAAGCGAUUCGGCACCGAAGACUGGGAAGCCCAGCAAUGCCCGGCAAGCUCGCAGCUAGAUGUGAAAUGCCCUACGCCAAAAUUCAGUGGACUAUCUGUCAAGACUUCACUGUUGGAGCAGCAAAGGAGAAAUUGCACUAUUGCACGUUAUAUUCUAUUGUUUACUACAAAAUAAUGUUUUAGCUUAUAUUAGUUUUUAUUCUCCCUCUUGUUUUUCUACCUUUUUUUUUGGUUUGUUUUUGGAUGUGUGCAAGCUCUGGAAAUAAUAUGUUCUUACACGUUACUAAGAACUGUAGAGAACUGCCUUUGUGAGGUGCGGGAAGGUCAGGAGAUGCUGAAGUUGCCACUUUGACUCCCAAAUCUUCUUAGCAGAUGUACCUGUGCAAGCAGGAGAUCUAGCGCCGCCCAUCAUUAGUGACCCACACCAGCUGCCUUGGCUCAGUCCUUCUCAUCACAGCCUUGGUCGCUGCUUGCAAACCUCCUUACUGGGCCGGGGUUUGUUAAGUGCCUACAUUGUUGUUUGAAAAUACAACUGCUAUAUAUACACACAGCUUAGAGUCACAUGGCACUUCUGGAAAAAUUAGGAAAGGAUAAUUUUUUUAAUUCUCUGGACCUUGUAGGAAACCUGAUGUAGCUCUGCCAUGGCAGGACUUUAUUUAUCAUACAUUUCUUCUCUUAUAAUGGCAGUUUCUUUUUUUUUUUUUUUUUUCUUUCUCUCUGCUGAGUUGUAGGAGUAGACUGCCUUACCAGGCCUGCUUCUCAGUACAGGUCUGCACUUUAUCAUUCUGAUUUUGUGGUGUUAUUCUUCAAUCAGUGCCUAUAUAAGCAAGUGUUCAAUACUCAGUAAAAUACGUCCAAUAAAAAAAAAAUUGUAGUUGUCAAUAUGGACCUUAGCUGACAUUUGAGCCAGCAUCAUAUUUUUAUAUUGCUGUUCAAAAUAUAAAACCCCAAAUCCCUUCCUUUUUGUGCUUUUAUACAAUUCUUUGCAGAUAGUAAUAACAUGUUUGAAAUUAAACACUCUGUUCUUCUGUUUUUCUUUUCUCUCUUGCUUGAAAGAAAUUAAAGUGAUGUAAAUAAAAUAACAGUUCUUUCCAUGUCAUACAGAGGGGAAACCGCUCUGCUUAUGAUGGCUGUUGGGUUUUUGACUAUGAGUAUUUUCCAUAGCCACCUGUUUUCCUAGCUCACCUAAAUGCAUUUGGGCUGCCUCUUGUUAGCAAAGCAGGGCUGAAGUAGUUAAGUUGAAACUGUGCUGGUAACAAGUACAUCCCGAAAUAUUUGGGAAUAUUUAUAAUAAUGUCAUUUUAAGAUUACAUUUAAUAAGGAAGGGUGCUGGGGCAGGUUCUCCGUCAAGCAGGAUACCAAGUUGAAAAGAUAGACCUGUUUCCUGCAAAACUCAAAAU